AGCUCCGGCUUUGACAUUUCUGCAAGGCACCGCUGCCGUGUUGUUGAUGCCCGGUUGAUCCAUCGGCCGGUUUGACCUGACGAUAGCUUCAUUCCUUUUCUCCAAUCGCGAUAUUAUGCGUCUCCCUCCGCUCGCCUUGGCCCUAACUCGCCCCAAUCUCGGUCACCAGGCCGGGGUUCCAUCAUGCGGCUCAUCCUUGAAAAGGUCUCGUUUUGCUUCAUCUCGAUAUCUUCCAUGUAGUGCUUCAGGAUACGGCAAGGAGAUCAGCACACCAUCAUGACUCACCGGACCAGAAUCUCCGUGUGGACAACGACAGGGACUCCCCAUAGUGACAAGGCUCUGCUCCACCUUGUAGAAUCAUCAUGCCAAGUCGAUCAUGCCCUGGUCCUAAACAGCAUAUGUCUUGUGACAUACAUCAGUCAACUAUAUAGAUUCUUCAUGUCCUUCGCUCGCGCCAUCAGCUUCAGAUGGAUUCCCAUUGCGAAGCAUACGCCUGGCUUUAUGUCCAAGCAAAGAUCAACGUGGCAGAACAGAACACCGUCAUUUCCAGGCCCAGCAGGAUGUCAUCUCGGCAUGUGCCCCUGAACAAUAUCAGACCAGCUUGGCGAGGUAGUCAAUCGUGGAAUCUUAGAACAGCCGUUACCCGCAACACUUUUCGAUGUAUCUUCUCAUGAUCCGAUAAUCCUCAAUCGGGACGCCCAGACCUCAUACUUCAUCACAUGCAAAUCAUAAGACACGAUACAGGUAAUAAUAUUUGAUGAUGUCUUCUGGUGGGAGCUAGAUUGAAAUGUGAUUAUUACCGAUCUUUGAUAUCAUAUCCUCCUCAUGACAAAAGUGCCCAAUAUGAGCCAUGUGCAAAUUAGCUACCCUAAAGUUUAAUAGAUAACCCCUCAACCCCGCCAA